GGAUAUUCGAUACAGUAUUUUUAUUGGUUAACUCAUCUCUAAUUUCCCAUUGUACAUACGUAUUUGAUGUCAUGUCAUGUUUUUGUAAUUGUUGAGCAGCACGAACCAACAAAUAACGAACGAACGCAAGUAAGCAAGCCGUUGUUUAACUAUCCACGCUCCCCACAAAUCCAUUCCUUUCCUUCCAGAUAUCACGCACUUAAACAUAUUUUUAUAAGUAUUUAGUUGCCUUCUGUCGUGUACUUGAUUCGGUCGGUCGGUGGUUCUUGUCGUACAUACAGAUAUUUUCUUUUCCCAGGCAAGUUGAUUUUUGUGGGUUUGUUUUGAACACGGAAUAUUGUGUCAUUCCGUGUCUCAUGGUCCGUCCGUCGGUCGGUCAUGGAAGAGAGAGAUACAUGCAUAAUAAACAUGAAAAAAAGAGGAUUGAAACAAAAAACGCGUAGUUGGAUUUAGAUAUCCAUUCGGUCAAGAGAAAAGGUUUUGGGGGGUGGAUUGGAUUGGAUUUAUUACUCGUGUCGCAGCUAUUGAAACAGUUUGAAUGCAAAAUUCACAAGGAGUAGACACAUAUUUUGCAUCAGCGUAAUAUAACGUGGACAAAUUUGUACAUACGUCUGUAAACUGGGGAGACUACAAUAUAUAGCAAGAAAAUAUGGCUGUUGGAGCAUAUUUAUUUUCAAUUACAAGUGAGACCAUAAUAUAAAGUGGACGCAAUUUAUUGGAGUUUAAGCCGUGUACAUACUUCAGCUCUUGAGCAGAAGCACUUGAAGUUAAUUUGCAUGGGGGUCGAAGAAGUGGUGCAUCGUAUUACAAUGCAUUCUAUUCUACAUGCAACUUGGUGCAACGACCAGAAAAAAAGUGUAGGGCAAUAAAAAUACAUACAAAUUCAGUGCUCAUCUGACAGGAAGUGGAUAAAAUUGCACUUAUGUAGGUACACUUAGGUACUUCUUAUCACAAGAUAAAAAUUGAGAUGAAAUGACUUCAAAUGGAAACUAGACAGUGUUUUUAUAACGGCCAACUAACCCGAACUAAAAUUUUGAAAGAGAAGAUAACCGUGUUAGAAUCCAAUCAAUAAUAAAUUACUAAGGCAAACAGCUAGUGGUGGUUGUGAAAUAUAUAAAUGCGUGACAACGAUAAUCAAUGUUUUUUUCUGGAGAAUUGAGACAAGCUAACAAAGAACGGUUUCGUCAAGUUUCGUGUGUGUCGUCCUUCCCUUAAAAAUUCCACUUACUUACAUAUUUUCUUCUAUUCUCGACAUGCAGAUAACUAUCUGUUCCAUGCCCAUUUGGCACGGAGAAAGUUAUAAGUGAGACUAUUACAUGUGUACGUACGUACUUAGGAUUAGUGACAAUCCUACCACCACCACUGGAUAUGUGUACCUACCUACCAUUACAAAAUACCAUUUUAUUCGAAAUUGUCCCCCGUGAAGUGCGGAUGGCGAAAUUGGACGGAUAUAUUAUUCAAUCCUGUUCUAUUAUGCAGUUCUAACCGACUUCCUCUGUGGGAGUCUCAAUUUGUACGGAACAGUAAAGCAGGACCAUGCAUUUCCUGUACGUUGUGAACAAUAGGUUGACGCAGUAAUUUGCGAAAAUUGUACAAAAAAUGUAGGAGGACGAAGUUCCUCUCCGUCCUGAAAGUUCGAAAUGUCCACCGUUUUUUUGGACCACAAUUUGGGACCUUUAACUAAAAAGUGCAUCUUAAAAAGUUUCCUUGAAUCAAGUAAAUAGUUUGGAGUUCAGGAUUGAUUUGCAAUGUCAAAAUGAGAUCUUUAAAAUAUUCUUGGGUCGCUGUCACCCUCAUUUCUCUGUUUUUAUUCUAUUUGUUCGUGUCCAUUCAUAAACUGGAUGUCAGAUAUUUGCAUUAUAGUGAAAGUGAGUCAAAAGAGGGGAAUACCGAACAAAACGAAGGUUCUUAUCGUCCCUACACAUAUGUGAAAACCAGUUUGGAACAGGAAACUAUGGAUUUGAAGACUGAAUUCGGGAAUUUAUGGAGACCAACAACUAAUUUUACAAAUCGCCAUAAAACAGAUAGAAUUUUAAUGUUGGAAAAUUGGACCAAAAGGCUGACGAACUCGGUGUAUCUCAAAUAUGCAAAGCCAAAGAAAAUCUUAGUUUUCGAUGGAUUCGAAAGCUACUACGGGGCCGAAGAAAGGCUAAAAUGCCCCUUUCUGAGCCCCCAUGAGAUGAAACGACUUGAAGAGAAGUGCCUCGUAAAAGAGGACAAACUAUUUGGUGGUGACAAUUAUCUUGGGUAUGAUGCUCACGUCAGUGUCCGAAAUUGGAAACCAGUCGUCAUUGAGCAGAAGAUAGCUUCCCUGCGACACGUUUACUUCAUUCAAGAAUCUCCAUUUGUCACGAAAUAUGCAGAUUUAAGAAUUAACAAUGCUCUCCUUGCUUCCUACUCGAGUGACUCGGAUGUCGUCAUGCCGUACGGAUACUUCCGCAAGUUCAACAAUACCACGACCAGCACCACAAAUUUCGUCAACUACGCCAAAGGAAAGACGAAACUUGGAGCGAUCGUGGUUUCGAAUUGUGAAGCGAAAAAUGAUCGGCUAAAAUAUGUCAGAGAGCUUCAAAAAUAUGUUCCAAUAGAUAUUUAUGGAAAUUGUGGGUCACUCCAGUGUCACAAUUGCUUCGAUAGGAUAAAAAAAGAGUACAAAUUUUACUUGGCCUUUGAAAAGGCCAACUGUCGAGAUUAUAUUACAGAGAAAUUCUGGACAAACGCUUUAAGAAACGACAUCGUCCCAGUCGUGAUGGGUGCACAUCCAGAAGAUUAUAAAGCCCUUGCCCCACCAAACUCGUACAUACACAUUGAAGACUUUGCAACUCCGAAGGAUCUCGCCAAUUAUCUCACACUUUUAGACACGAAUGAUAUCUUGUACAACAAAUAUUUUGCUUACAAACAACUCGGCAAAGUUGUUAAUGUUUGGGAACAAUUUUUCUGUCGGCUUUGUUCAUUACUUCAUUACGCUGAUAUUUUGGAGCCUCCCGUGUGGGAGGAGGAUGCAUCUUGGGGAAAAGUUAACCAUUGUUUAGAUCUAAAUAGGUGGGUGUGGAGUUAAAAUUCUGCUUAGAUUUUUGGACAAUUUUAAGCAGUGUUUAAGGUCCAAAGGACCACUUGCAAGAAAUGACGGGAAGAAAGUGGUUUCUUGCGGGUAUUUUGACCUGCAAGAAAUGCAAGGCGCAAGCAACCACGCUCCGGCGCUAUACUUCAUUCAUACGGCGCGUGGCUGGAUCUGGAUGGCUCAUAUUUCUUGCACUUUCUUGCAGUUUUUUGCACCUUGCAUUUCUUGCUUGCAGUGCAAGAAAUGUUGCAAACCCGCAAGACACGGGUUAAAUCGAUGCUUUAUAUACGGUCCCUAACACAAAAUCUACUCUGAAGAUAAUGCUAUGUUUGAUACUUCCAAUUCUACAGAUAACUUUCAAAAUAAUAAAUGUAUAUCUAAUUUUUGUCAAA